CCGUCGUGAGCUAGGUUUUUGGUGCGCUCUCUUCCUCAUCUCCCUCGGCGGCGGCGGCGGCGGCGGGCGAAGGAGGAGGCGAAAUGGGUAAGGGUACGGGGAGCUUCGGCAAGCGCCGGAACAAGACGCACACGCUCUGCGUGCGCUGCGGCCGCCGCAGCUUCCACCUGCAGAAGAGCACCUGCUCCUCCUGCGGCUACCCGGCUGCCCGCAUCCGCAAGUACAACUGGAGCAUGAAGGCCAUCAGGAGGAAGACCACCGGAACUGGGAGGAUGAGAUACCUUCGCCACCUCCCCAGGAGGUUCAAGAGCAACUUCAGAGAGGGGACUGAGGCUGCACCGAGGAAGAAGGGAGCUGCUGCCAGCAACUAGACUGCACUUGUGCUAAAGACUUGGAGCCCUGGUUCCUGAAACUAGUGUAUUUUGUUGCUUUAUUUAUCGAAACUCUGUUCCUAAGAUGAGAGGCAAACAAUGUCUGGUUUUAUGUUGUUUUUGCACCCUGGAUGUUAAUCCUUGAGUUUUGAAUUUUGCUAGAUCGUUUAAUCUGUUUAUCAUCCCUUGCACGCUCAGUUGCCAUUAUUGCCUGGGGUUCAUUGCA